CGCUUAAGUGUUGAAAUGGAGCGGGAUUUUAUGGAUGUGAAAACACAUUUAGAUGAUCUGUACGCCUGGCACAUUAAUCAUUUGACUAAUUUAAAAUUGGUCACAUGGGCUGGCAUCCUCUGUUGCUUGAUAUGGAAUGGAUUUGCUCAACAAGGUGGAAGUGACUGCAUAAAAGCUAAUGCAAAAUCAUGUGGUGAAUGUAUACAAGCAGGACCAAACUGUGGUUGGUGUAAAAAAAUAGACUUUUUGCAAGAAGGAGAACCAACAUCUGCCCGAUGUGAUGACUUGGCAGCACUAAAGAGUAAAGGCUGUCCUAUAGAAGAUAUAGAAAAUCCCCGAGGUGACAAACAGGUGCUUGAAGAUAGAGAAGUAACGAAUCGUAAGAUAGGUGCUGCAGAGAAGCUGAAACCAGAGGCCAUUACACAGAUCCAGCCACAAAAAUUAGUGCUGAAACUCAGAGUCGGGGAACCCCAAACAUUUUCACUAAAAUUUAAGAGAGCUGAAGACUACCCCAUUGACCUUUAUUAUCUUAUGGACCUCUCCUAUUCUAUGAAAGAUGAUUUAGAGAAUGUGAAAAGUCUCGGAACUGCUCUGAUGUUAGAAAUGGAAAAAAUAACUUCAGACUUUAGAAUUGGUUUUGGCUCUUUUGUGGAGAAAACUGUGAUGCCGUAUAUAAGUACAACACCAGCCAAACUCAGAAAUCCUUGUACAGGUGACCAGAACUGUACAAGUCCAUUUAGCUAUAAAAAUGUGCUCAGCCUUACCAGUGAAGGAAAUAAAUUCAAUGAGCUUGUAGGUAAACAGCACAUUUCUGGGAAUUUAGAUUCUCCUGAAGGUGGAUUUGAUGCAAUAAUGCAGGUUGCAGUUUGUGGGGAACAAAUUGGCUGGAGAAAUGUUACAAGACUAUUAGUGUUUUCCACGGAUGCUGGAUUUCACUUUGCAGGAGAUGGUAAACUUGGUGGAAUUGUAUUACCGAAUGAUGGGAAAUGUCAUCUGGAAAAUAAUGUGUACACAAUGAGCCACUAUUAUGAUUAUCCUUCUAUUGCUCAUCUGGUACAGAAGCUUAGUGAGAACAAUAUUCAGACAAUCUUUGCUGUUACUGAAGAGUUUCAGGCAGUUUAUAAGGAACUGAAAAAUCUGAUACCAAAAUCUGCAGUGGGAACAUUGUCUUCAAACUCCAGCAAUGUGAUUCAGCUGAUCAUUGAUGCAUACAAUUCCCUUUCUUCAGAGGUUAUCCUGGAAAACAGUAAGCUACCAAAAGGAGUGACAAUCAGUUAUAAGUCCUUCUGCAAGAAUGGAGUGAAUGACACACAAGAAGAUGGAAGGAAAUGUUCUAACAUUUCAAUUGGAGAUGAGGUUAAAUUUGAGAUUAAUGUAACAGCUAAUGAAUGUCCAAAGAAAGGACAAAAUGAAACAAUUAAAAUUAAACCACUGGGGUUCACUGAAGAAGUGGAAAUUAAUCUACAGUUCAUCUGUGAAUGUCAGUGUCAAAGUGAAGGAGAACCUAAUAGUCAAGCCUGCCACGAAGGAAAUGGAACAUUUGAAUGUGGUGCAUGCAGAUGUAAUGAAGGACGUAUUGGAAGACUAUGUGAAUGUAGUACAGAUGAAGUAAAUAGUGAGGAUAUGGAUGCUUACUGCAGGAGGGAGAACAGUACAGAAAUAUGCAGUAACAAUGGAGAAUGCAUUUGUGGACAAUGUGUAUGCAAGAAAAGAGAAAACACCAAUGAAGUGUAUUCUGGCAAAUAUUGUGAAUGUGAUAACUUCAAUUGUGAUCGAUCAAAUGGUUUGAUUUGUGGAGGAAAUGGUAUCUGCAAAUGCAGAGUGUGCGAGUGUUUCCCCAACUUCACUGGCAGCGCGUGCGAUUGUUCUUUGGAUACUUUUCCCUGUAUGGCGUCUAAUGGACAGAUUUGCAAUGGAAGAGGAACCUGUGAAUGUGGCACCUGUAAUUGUACAGAUCCCAAAUUCCAAGGUGCCACAUGUGAAAUGUGUCAGACUUGUGUCGGUGUCUGUGCAGAGCACAAGGACUGCGUUCAAUGCAGAGCUUUCGAUAAGGGAGAAAAGAAGGAAACAUGUUCUCAGGAAUGUAUGCAUUUCAACAUGACACGCGUAGAAAGCAGAGAUAAGUUGCCACAGCCUGGACAGCCCGAUCCAUUGUCUCAUUGCAAAGAGAAGGAUGUUGAUGACUGCUGGUUCUACUUCACAUAUUCUGUCAACUCAAACGGUGAAGCCAGUGUCCACGUGGUAGAGACCCCAGAAUGCCCCAGUGGCCCUGACAUCAUUCCCAUUGUAGCUGGUGUGGUUGCUGGAAUUGUUCUUAUUGGACUUGCAUUGUUAUUGAUUUGGAAACUACUAAUGAUCAUUCAUGACAGAAGAGAAUUUGCUAAAUUUGAAAAGGAGAAGAUGAAUGCCAAGUGGGAUACGGGUGAAAAUCCUAUUUACAAGAGUGCAGUGACAACUGUGGUCAAUCCUAAAUAUGAGGGAAAAUGAACACUGCUUGUAUAUCUUCACAACACUGUAUGCAGCGUAGCAAUUUUUGUAGUCACAGUAAGAUAGAUUUAGGGCAAACUGCUUU